AUGGCCAGUAUUGCGACGAAGCAGGCGACGCCGCGGCUCCCCGAGCCGCUGCUGGAUGAGAACCCCGAUCGCUACUGCAUGUUCCCCCUCAAGUACCAGACCAUCUGGGAGUUCUAUAAGAAGGCAGAGGCGUCCUUCUGGACGGCCGAGGAAGUCGACCUCGGGGACGACAUGCGCCACUGGACGAGCCUCAACGACGGCGAGCGCCACUUCAUCCUGCAUGUGCUGGCGUUCUUCGCCGCCUCCGACGGCAUCGUCUUGGAAAACCUGGGGGCGCGGUUUCUGAAGGAGGUGCAGGCCCCAGAGGCGCGCGCCUUUUACGGGUUCCAAAUCGCCAUUGAGAACAUCCACAGCGAGAUGUACAGCCUGAUGCUCGACGCCUACAUCAAGGACCCCGUGGAGAAAGACCGCCUAUUCCACGCCAUCAGCACCGUGCCGGUGGUUAAGAAGAAGGCCGACUGGGCGAUCAAGUGGAUCAAGGGCUCUGAGAGCUUCGCCGAGCGGCUGGUGGCCUACGCCGCAGUCGAGGGCAUCUUCUUCAGCGGCAGCUUCUGCGCCAUCUUUUGGCUCAAGAAGCGCGGCCUCAUGCCGGGCCUCACCUUUUCCAACGAGCUCAUCAGCCGUGACGAGGGCCUGCACACCGACUUUGGCUGCCUGCUCUACAGCAUGCUGAACAACAAGAUCCCCAAGGAGCGGGUGUUGGAGAUCAUCACAGAGGCUGUGGCGAUUGAGAGGGAGUUUGUCAUCGACGCCAUUCCGGUGGACCUGAUUGGCAUGAAUGGGCCGCUCAUGGCGCAGUACAUUGAGUACGUGGCCGACCGCCUGCUUGUGGCGCUGGGGUGCGAGAAGCACUACAAAGUGCACAACCCCUUUGACUGGAUGGAGCUGAUCAGCCUGCCCGGGAAGACCAACUUCUUUGAGAAGAGGGUGGGUGAGUACCAGAAGGUGGGCCCAAUGGCUGGACUGGAGGGGAAGCUGCACACCUUCGCCCUUGACGAAGACUUCUGA